AAGGCUUCAUGUAAUUUCCUUUCAUUAAAGUUAUCUUGUCAAUUGGGAAUUAAAUCAAACUCUAUUAUAUCUUUUAUUUAUUAAUAAUAUUUAUUUACAGAUUUAAUAUAUAUAUUUUUUUUACAUAUUUGGUCAAAUAUUUCUAUCUGUCUUUACAUUUUAUUAAAACACCAUGCCAACGACAAGAAGAGGUGCUGAUACUGCUGGCACUCCGCAACCUUUACCAGGUGGUCAAGGUGGUAAUCAACCAGGUCCUUCACCAACACGGGAUGACUUGUUCACAACACCAAGUGCUGCGUCAGCAAUCAACAUAGCAGCAAUUUCGACUCAAGUGGCGGCUACAUCGCACAUACUGAAUACUUCGGCAAACCAAAUGACAGUGAUGCAAGACCAAAUUCUUCAACAAAAUUCACAGAUAAAUGGGUACAGUAAAUACGCUUUUGCAUAUCCGUGCAAGAAACAGACGACGGAUACGGCUAUUUCGAUGAUGCAGAAGAUAUUUCUACAAAAUGGAUACGCAACGGUGGUGGUAUCUGACAACGGUCCUGCGUUUUCGUCUGUGAAAUGGAAGACCUUCCUAUUCAACAAUGGAAUCAGAGCGUCCUAUUGUUCGAGUUAUACGCCAUCAUCCAACAAAAGCGAAUGUCUUAAUAAGCAAAUUAAGUACAACCUGGGGUGCAUUCUUAAAGAGUAUUCGAUUCAACACAAAAAUUGGUCGAAAUUUCUCAACUUUGUAAUAUUUAACUACAACAAUUCAUUUAAGAAUACUAUAAACACUACACCAGCAGAAGUUUAUUUCGGAAGAAAAUUAAUAACGCCAUUUAUUAUCAUCAACGAGCUAACAAAUUUAGUCACAAGCUCUGUUAAACCGUCGCAACAGCAAAUUAACGAUGCAUUAAAACUCGCCCAUCAACAACGUCUUAACAGAACUUUGAACAGACCAUCAGUUUCAAAGUACAGAAUUGGACAAUUGGUGAUGGUUAAAAAUUUGGCGCCGAACAUCAACAAAAAUAAAUCAGCCAAAUUUACAGCGAAAUACAACGGACCGUAUAAGAUACAGAAAUUCACAUCUCCAACAUCGGUUAGAUUAAAACCCACUAACAGCAAUAAGUCAACUUUUGGAAUGUCAAUCUACAAUCUUCGGCCAUAUUAUAAAUGAGGUCAUCAUCGAAGUGGUUGUAUUCGUUGACGGGUAAUUUCUCAUAUUUCUAGUUUUCUAACUGCCUUAUUUCACUAAGCUAAUUUAAUUUCUAUUUAGUUUCAUUAAUAAUUAGCAUCUCGCUAAUUUUUUUUUUGCCCCCUGGGGUGAGAUUAUUUUUUUUUGUUAAUAAAGGGUACUUGAUUUUUUUCUUUUAACCAAGCGACUGUUUUCGAAACAAGGAUAUAAAAACAAAUUUUGUUAGACAAGGAUGAGACUAUCUUCUCACCUUCUCUUGCGAGAUGUUAUCGCAAAUUUUUUGAAGAGAACCAUUCUCUUUUGCAUGGAAAUUUUGUCGAGUCAACUGCUCAUCAUUAAACUUGAGAUGUAUUAAAUUUUGUUUGGAUUUUUAUUUGCCUAAAGUUUGGGAGACGGUCCGCUAUGUGGUUUCAUCUAUUUAAAAGGAAAUAGUCAGGUAUUUUUUGAAUCAAAUAAUGUAACACAAGGUAAUAU